UUUGCUUGAAAAAGUCAGUAUGGCCUCUUUGUGUGGCAACUCCCACCUGCUGCUGUGACGCUGAAUGCUGCGCUUGCCUGGAUUAUUGGACAGGAUACUGAUGCCUCUCCAGCUGUGACUCCAAUAAAUGCUCAGCUACCAUUUUCUCUGCCAAGGAUCCCGUGUUUGCUCUCAAAGCAGAUACAAACUAUGAAAGUGGUGGCAACGAGAGGCCACAGUGCUUGUAAAGCUUCCUUUUUAUCAGUUUUACAUAUCAUAAUCACCACUUUUUUACAUAGCUGCUGGAAACUAAAUAGCAACAAAGAGACUUUUAUGUUCCAUGUGGGCAACAAAAGAAUGUAGUUGUUAGAAAAUAGACACAGUGUUUUGAGGAGCUGUAAACAAACUUGACAUGGACCAUGUAAUAUCAUAACUAGCACUGAUUUAAGGGCUGGCAGUGGUAGCAUCAUGAUCUCCAUGUCUAAUCUCAGAUGUCAGAUUUCUCACUGUCUUUGCAGCUGGUUUGGACAGGGGGAGGCGCCACACCGCUGCUGUGGAGUGAAACUGCAGUGGAUUUUCAUACUUACACUUCUCUCACACUGAAUGAUGCUGUGACACCAGAGAACUAAAGUGGAAUCCCAAACAGAGAAAUACAUUAUAUGGAAGAAGACAACUCACUGUAAAAGUGUGCAGAUGAUGGACUUUCUCCUCCCUGCUCCAAAGCCUCAUCAGUUGAUCCUUGUGCCUCUGUGAUCUCCAUGACAACGAACGAACAGCACUGAGGAGGAGAGAAAGGCAGUAGUUGGAAGCAGAGCGGUGUGUGGUAGAAGAGUGAGAGUCGGAGGGAAGGAAGAGAGUGACGGGUGGAAGUGGGGAAUCGGAGAAAAGUAUUUCUGCAAACAGAAGAAGAAGAAGAAGAAGAAGAAGAAGAAGAAGAAGAAGAAGAAGGAGAAGAGAGCAGCCAAUCCUUUGUUUCCCAACAUGUGGGUCAAUUUGGUGAUGCUAUUCCUCUGUUUCUCCCAAACACAGAUGGUUAGAGUUUGGGUCCAGCAGCAAACAGAUGAUUUUUACAGUGGUAUCUCACAGCAGCGUGAAGGGUCGACUGAAGGUGACAGUCAUCCUCACAGAGCCCAGAGGUCAUCCUCAGGCCACGCUAUGAUGAGCAGGGCGGUCUCGGGUGGAGGACUAACCAUCGACACCCUGCCAGAAAACAUGACACGCGUAGUGGAGGAUUCUGGCAAAUAUUACACGUGGCGUAGCUUUGGCCCUAAGGACCGGCGCACACAGGACCUAUGGGUAGACAUGAAUGACGUCCGGCACGGCCAAGUUAGAGUCCAUGGCAUUCUGUCAAAUUCAUACAAACAGGCUGUGCGGGUCGCCCUGUCAUUUGACUUUCCCUUUUACGGACAUUACCUGAGGCAGAUUAUCAUAGCAACAGGAGGUUUUAUCUUCACAGGGGACAUUACUCACCGUAUGCUGACCACAACCCAGUACAUCGCCCCUCUAAUGGCUAAUUUUGACCCCAGCUACUCCAAAGACUCCACUGUGCAGUACCUGGAUAAUGGUGAGGUGUUUGUGGUCCAGUGGGAGAAGGUCAUACUCCCUGGCAAAGAGUCAGAAGGAGCCUUCACCUUCCAGGCUGCGCUCUACAAAACAGGAACCAUCACGUUCAGCUACAGAGAUAUCCCUCUGUCAUUAGAUGUCAUCAGUUCAGCUGAGCAUCCAGUGAAGGUCGGUUUGUCUGAUGCCUUCAUGGUCAUGUCUUCUCAAUCACCAGAUGCCCAACAGCAGUCGAUUUACGAGUACCACAGGGUUGAGAUAGACAUUACAAAGAUCACCAGCUACUCUGCUGUUGAGUUCACUCCACUGCCUACCUGCCUGCAACACGACAGCUGUGAGCUCUGCCUCUCAUCCAACCAAACCUCUGGUUGUAGCUGGUGUCAUGUGCUCCAGAGGUGUUCAGAUGGCAUGGACAGACACAGACAGGAAUGGUUGGACUAUGGCUGUUCAGAAGAGAGCAAAGAUGCAACCUGUGAGGAUUACAGCAGGGGUGACAGCUCCACUGGUUCCUCUAUCACGCCAGAGAUCGAGGAGGUGACAUUUUUGACUCCUUUGCAAAAAGGCUGUGAAAGUGAUGAUGACACUAAACAUCAUAUAUUUACCGCAGGCAAUGAUGUGAAGACAGAUGCUUCAACCAAGAGUGAAGGGCUGGCUAACACAGGAGUGAUAGCCGGGAUAGCUGCUGCUCUUGUGUUACUCUUGGUGCUGAUACUUGUUGCUCUUUACAUCAACUACCAUCCUACUGUCACGUCACCACUUUACCUCAUCCAGCGACGCAAGAACUACUGGCCUUCCUGGAAGUUUCAGAAGCAACAGCCCGGUUACACAGAAGUGGAAGGAGAAGGACAUGAGAAAGACAGCAUUGUUGAAGCUGGACCAUGUUGAAACCAUGAAUGGAAACUUGGAAGAUAUUUGCAUCGAACUGAUUUUUAACCACAUUCAAACGUGUAGUAUACACUUGUCCAAACAUUUACAUUCCAAAGCCAGUUCAACGUUUGCAUUCAGUUUAUGAUUGCUUUUUUUAAGCUGUUUUAAGUGGCUCCAUUGCAAAAAAGAUGAAACUUUCUGUUUGGGUAGAUUAUACCUACCCAUAGCUUGAUAUUAAAUGAUUUCAUUUGAAAUUUAUAUCUCUGUUGGAAUAAAUAAUAGUUGCAUUCCACCUUUUUUAAAGUUUGUAUAAUUUGACUGCAAAAAACUGUGAACUGCAUUCCAUGACUUUAGAUAAACACAUAAUCUAUGAUGUUUUACAUCAAACAAAUAAAGAUCUGUGCGUGCUUCA